AUGAGGAGGGCCAACGUGACCUGGGUGAGUGAGUUUGUCCUAAUGGCUCUCUCUGACAGACAGAGCCAGGUGGGGCUCUUUGUGCUGUUUGGAGCCACAUACCUGCUGACCCUGCUGGGCAAUGGGCUCAUCCUCCCGCUGAUUGCACUGGACACACGACUUCACCUGAGCAUGUACUUUUUCCUCUGCUACCUUGAAGUCAUGGACAUCUGCUACACUUCCAGCGGGGUUCUCCAGAUGCUGGCACACUUCCUCCUGGAGAAGAAGACCAUCUCCUUCACCCAACAUGGGGUACAGCUGUUCUUCUCCAUGACCCUCGGGGGGACCGAGUUUGUGCUGCUGACUGUGGUCUAUGACCACAAUGUGGCCACCUGUGAGCCCCUGCUUUACAUGGCAGUGAUGAGCCCCAGGCUCUGUGUGGCACUGGCAGGUGUCCCUCAGCUUGUGGGCCUGGCUAACUCCUCCGUGGAGACAGCAGUCACCAUGAGCCUGCCCACCUGUGACAAUGUGCUGAACCAUGUGGCCUGUGAGACAAUGACGUUGGGCAGGCUGGCCUGUGUAGGCAUCACCCUCAACCAGGUGGUCAUAGUAGCCUCCAGUGUGGUGGUGCUGCUGCUGCCCUGUUGCCUGGUCUUGCUGUCCUACGUCUACAUAGUGGCCUCCAUCGUGAUGAUCUGCUCCACCCAGGGACGCUGCAAAGCCUUUGAGAAGUGCGCCUCUCACCUCACUGUGGUCUCCGUGUCUUAUGGGAUGGCCCUGUUCACCUUCCUGCAGCCCAGGUCCAUGGCCUUAGCUGAGCAGGACACAGUGGUGGUGGUCUUCUAUGCUGCGGUGACCCCCAUGUUGAACGUUUUCAUCUACAGCCUGAGAAACAAGGACAUGGAGGCUGCUGUAAAACGGGUUCUGAUGCACAGCUCUGAGUCAAAAUGUUAG